AGGAAGAAGGAAAGAAGGGACAAAAGUAGCUGGUUAUGGAAAAAUUCUCUCUUGUAAUUUGCAUCUCCAACUUCCAUCCAUGGCUGUUGACCAAUCAUCUAAUUCUCAGCCUUCACUUCCAGUUCGUCCUUGGAAAUAUGACGUCUUCUUGAGUUGUACAAGUAAUGAUACUUCAAAAGCCUUUGUAGAUCAUCUUUACUCAACACUUUUCCAUGUUGGGAUCAACACAUUCAGAGGUGGUGAUGAGCAGCUCUCUGAAGUCGCGAUUAAUGCAAUUGAAGGAUCAAUCAUUUUUAUUAGUAUUCUCUCAAAAAACUAUGCCUCAUCUACAAGGUGUCUUAAUGAGCUUUUGCAUAUCCUUGAACUCAAGAACAAUUCCAAACGGUUAGUUCUUCCAAUAUUCUAUGAUGUUGACCCUUCUGAUGUGCGCAAGCAAAGUGGAAUCUUUGCUGAAGCCUUUGCAAGACACGAAACAUGUUCCCAAGAGGAAAACAAAAUUCUACUCUGGAAAGCUGCACUCAGUAAAGUUGGUAAUUUAUCAGGAUGGGAUCUUCGGCAUGUUGCUCAAGGGUUUGAAUCAAAAUUUAUCCAUAUAAUUAUUAAGGAAGUCUUACAUGAAGUCAAAUCUCGAAUACCACUCGAUAUUACCGAGCAUCCUGUGGCACUUUUCCCCCGUGUUAACCAAAUAGAGAAGUUAUUGUUCAAAGAAGGUUGUGAUGAUAUUCGAAUUAUUGGGAUUCAUGGCAUGGGUGGAAUCGGCAAAACAACUCUUGCAAAAGCUGUGUUCAACCAAGUUCUUCAGCAUUUUGAAGCAAGUUGUUUUCUUGAAAAUGUGAAAAUAGAGGCUUCUGAAAGCCAAAAUGGAUUAGUUCAUUUACAAGAGGAACUUCUUGAAAAAGUUCUUAGGAAAAAAAUCAAAGUGUACAGUGUUGAUGAGGGCAUUACAUUGAUCAAAGAAAGGCUUUGGCAGAAAAAGGUUUUCAUCGUCCUUGAUGAUUUGGACGAUCAAUGCCAGUUAAAUGCAUUGCUUGGAGAACGUGAUUGGCUUCGCCGGGGUAGUAGAGUUAUCAUAACAACUCGAGACAAGCAUUUGCUCAAAGAACUACAAAUGAAUGAGCAAUACGAAGCAAUGAAAUUGGAUCACAAAAGCUCUUUACAGCUCUUCACAUUCCAUGCUUCCAGAAAGGCAAUACCCCCUGAAGACUGUACUGAGCUUUUGAAAGGCAUUGUAACUUACUGUGGAGGAGUUCCACUAGCUCUUAAGGUUUUGGGCGAUUAUUUGUCUGAUAAAGAGAUCACAGAAUGGAAAAGUGCCUUGGAGAAAUUAAAGACAAUUCCUUCUAACGAUCUCCAUACAAAACUCAGAAUAAGCUUUGAUGGACUUCCGGAUGAUUUUACUAAGGCUGUUUUCCUUGACAUUGCUUGUUUCUUCUUCAAAAUCCAGAAGAGUGAGCUCGUACGUAUAUUCAAAGCUUGUGGUUUCUACCCUGAGGUUGAAAUUUGCGAAUUGAUUGACAAAUCGUUGUUAACAAUUGAUGAAAAUAAGCAUCUGAACAUGCACAAUGUGAUCCGGGAUAUGGGACAAGAAAUUGUUCAUAGGGAAUCACCCGAUAACCCAGGCAAGCGUAGCAGAUUAUGGCACCCUAACGACAUUUUUGAUGUGCUCACUGGAGAGAAGGGUACAAGAGCCGUUGAAGCGAUAGUCCUUGAAUCUCCAGUUUUGAAGGAUGUUCCGUUGACUACUAAAACAUUUGAAAAGAUGGAAAAGCUAAGACUCCUACAAAUCAAUCAUGUGCAGCUGUAUGGAAGUUUCCAGUAUCUACCACAGUCUUUAAAAUGUUUGCGUUGGUACUACUGUCCUUUGAAAUGCUUGCCAUCUGAUUUUUGUCUGGAGAAUCUUGUUAUUCUCGAUAUGAGUUUUAGCAAAUUCAAUGAAUGCCAAGCGCCUUUAAAGUAUUUUAAGUCUUUGAAGAGAUUGAUAUUCUACAGUUGUGAGGACCUCAAGAAAUCCCCGGAGUUGGUUGGUUUGGAUAGUCUUGAGGAGUUAUCAUUUGGUUACUGCUCAAAUUUAAUGGAGCUGGACUCAACAAUUGGAGACUUGAAGAGACUUCGUAGUUUAGACGUGUCUGAUUGCAAGAAACUACUGAAACUCCCAAGAAGAAUCUGUGAGUUAAAAUCACUUGAAAUGUUAUAUCUCAAUCGCUGCUCAAAACUGGAAGAAUUGCCUGAUGAUUUGGGAAAGUUGGAAGGUCUAAAACAAUUGAAUGCAGUUGCAACAGCUAUCAAAAGAGUACCUGGUUCUGUUGAACAUCUAAAGAACUUGGAGAGGCUACUGCUAUCACAUGACUUCCUAUUUAAAAGACAAUUUAAAUUUUCUGACAUAUUUCGAACUUGGUUCCAGCCAGAAAGAAGCCUUAGUCAAGGGGGGUAUUUACCUUCGUCAAUUUCAAGUUUAAGUGCUUUAAAAGUUCUACAAAUUGAGAACUGCAAUAUGUCUGAAGAUGAUAUUCCUUUGUCUCUUGCGAGUUUAUCUUCUUUACAGAGUCUAUGUUUUAGCAAUAAUAAGUUUCAUUCCAUACCUUUCGACCUUUGUGACCUUUCUAGUCUCAAGUAUCUCAAUUUAAGUGAAUGUCCAAAUCUUAAAAGCAUCCCUGAAGUUCCUCUCACUCUACAGAAACUCGUUGCUUAUAAGUGCAAGUCAUUAGAAAGACUUCCCAAUCUGUCCCAAUUGAAAAGGUUGGAGGAAUUGGAAUUGGGUCGUUGUGAAAUGUUGACGGAGAUUCAAGGCUUGGAGAAUCUUGAUUCUAUUAGACGAGUAUACUUAUGGAGCUGCAAGACUUUUGGAAGAACACUAGAUGUAUCCAACUUGAGUCAAUUGAAGAACUUGGAUCUUAGUCACUGUGAAAGAUUGAUUGAGAUUCGAGGCUUGGAGAACAUUCAUUCCAUUCGCUACAUCAACCUAUUCAAUUGCAAAGCUCUUGGAAAUCCUUUCACUGAAGACUUCUUCAGAGCCCAUUAUGUACAUGGCAGUGAGCUCCAACUAGGGCUUUGCAAUAGCAAGGUUCCAGACUGGUUUAGCUACCAAGUAGAUGGAUGUUCAAUGUGCUUCAAUAUGCCACAACAGGUUGAGAGUACAUUCUUAGGCAUGUUCCUUUGGAUUGUUUAUGGUACCGUGGAUGAAACUAAGAAUGUUUAUCCUAAAGCCACCAUAGUCGAUCUAACAAAUGGCGUUGAGUUUAACCAUCGUCUGUGGACAACCAUAUCCUUUGCAGAAAAUUCGUCCAUCCAUUACAUACCACCAGAUUACUUCAAAUGCCCGGUUAAAGGCGGAGAAAAGAUGAGCAUUCAUAUUGAAUGCUAUGACUUUCCAACUGAAGAUUUUGUGAAGAAAUGUGGAGUUCAUCUAUUGUAUAAAGACAAGAAUGGCCAGGUUCAUUCUGUGCCUGUGAGUUCUUCUCCUUGUUUUGACAGUGGAAAUGAAGUGACAAACAACCAUUCUUGUAGAGGUAAGAGUGGAAUCUGAUUCAGCACAGCUAGGAUUGAGAAGACAAUCAUUUUGUUCUAAGCAAUUUCAGGCUAGUUUUCUGCAUGCUUUGUCCUGCUUUCAAAGAUCGUUGCAUCCUGUCAACUGAAUUGCUGAUUGGUUCUGUCAUUUACUGUUGCAUCCCUUGCUUACUCAAGAUUAAGAAUUAUACAUAAAGUAAGGUCAACAGGUUGAACUCUCUGUUAAUGUAUUAUGCAGUUCAUGUCUAAUGUAGUUAAACAUAUGGAGUAGAGUCCUACUACUAAAGGCAGUACUAUCU